AUGCUUGCCUCUAUCAUCACCACGCUCUUUUUCAGUCUUUUCGGCUUGACGGCUGCCGCCCAGUCAAAGAUCAACGCCUGGGCUCUACCAGGCAACAAUUCCUUCCCCGAAGGAAUUGCCCGUCAGGCCCGUUCUCCAUUCUUUUACACCGGUUCCUGGAUUACCGGUACCAUCUGGCGUGGUCAUGUCAACAAGCCUGAUGUCGAGGUCUUCAUCCCCGCAGGAAAUGACUUUAACCUCACCUCCGCCAGUGGAAUGAAAGUCACCAACGAUAACAUGCUCAUCGUCGCCGGUGCAGCAACCGGAAAGGUUUUCGUCAUCUGCCUCGAAUCCCGCGAGAUGACCCACCGGUUCCAGGCUCCAGAGGGUGCUCUCCUCAACGACCUCGUCGUUGCAAAGAACGGCAAUAUCUUCAUCACAGAUUCCUUCCUUCCUAAGUUGUAUGUCAUCACCCCCCAGCACCUCGAAAACGGAAACAUCGACCAGGAGCUCGAGACGUUCGCCGAGCUCGAAGCACCUUUCGAGCACGAGACUGGACAGUUCAAUUCCAACGGAAUUGUUGUCACCGCAGACCAGGAGAAUGUUCUCAUCGGGGACUACAACAGCCAUGCCAUCUUCAGACUGUGUCUAGGAUCCAAGACCAUCACCAAGGUAGAUUUCGGCAACGCAACUAUUGGCUCGCCUGACGGUAUGCUCAUUCGUGGUAAUACCCUCUAUGCCGUCAACGGUGAUAGUACAAUGGGUACCCAGGCCUUUAUCGACGUCUUCGACAUCCGAAAGCCAUACACCACCGGCAGGCACGUUCGUCGCAUUGAGGGCCAAGGGAUGCUAUUGCCUUCUACUGCGGCGUUCGAUGGAAACGAUAUUUUGGUUGCCAACUUCCAGAUCGGAAAGGCUGCCACCUCCGAUCCUACUCUUCCGUUCACCAUCGUCAGGGUGUCAACUAAGAAGGCCAGAGGUAACAGGAUGCCAUCUUAG